CCGGUCCACCCAAAACCACCCGUGGGCCGUUGACAUCUGUAUAUUUAGUAACCUCGUACCCGUAGCAACCUUUCGGACUAACAACUGAGAAGAUAGGUUAGUUUAGUGAUAGCGAUCAAGAUGGGGUGGAGGAUAGAGAAACGGCCAUUUUUGGUGUUCGUCCUGAUAAUGAUUCUUCACUGUGUGGCCAUUCUGUUCUUCACCAGUGGCUUUCUCCUCACUCGCACGGAGCUUCCACACUACAGCAAUUCCUCCGAUGUCUUAAACUCUCCUUGUAUUCCCCCUACCAAUUCCAACUCUUGGACCAAACCCGCCAUUGAUCGCCUCAUCAUCAUCGUUCUUGAUGCUCUCAGGUUUGAUUUCGUUGCUCCCAGUACUUUCUUCGAAGAGAAAAAACCAUGGAUGGACAAAUUACGGGUGUUACAUAAAUUGGCAUCUCAAGAAGGAUCAUCAGCAAGGAUUUUCAAAGCCAUUGCUGAUCCACCUACUACUAGUUUGCAACGUUUGAAGGGCUUGACAACUGGUGGACUUCCAACUUUUAUUGAUGUAGGGAAUAGCUUUGGCGCUUCAGCAAUUGUUGAAGACAACUUGUUAUAUCAGUUGGCUCAGAAUGGAAAGCGAGUAGUAAUGAUGGGGGAUGAUACCUGGUUGCAGUUGUUUCCUCACCAUUUUAAUGGGUCUUAUCCCUUUCCCUCCUUUAAUGUUAAAGAUCUUCAUACGGUGGACGACGGGUGUACCAAACACUUGCUUCCAUCCUUGUAUGAAGAAGAUUGGGAUGUCCUCAUAGCACAUUUUCUUGGUGUGGAUCAUGCUGGGCAUAUAUUUGGUGUUGAUUCCACUCCGAUGGUGGAAAAGUUGGAGCAGUACAAUGGAGUUUUAGAGAAAGUUAUUGAAGCGCUGGGGAGUCAGUCUGGAGCUGGUGGCUUGAAUGAGAACACUUUACUUCUCGUAAUGGGAGAUCAUGGGCAAACUAUAAAUGGUGAUCAUGGUGGAGGGAAUGCUGAAGAGGUUGAAACAUCUAUUUUUGCAAUGAGUUUGAAGAAACCUCCAUCUUCUGUACCGGAGGAACUUAAUACUUCAUCUUGUCGACUAGAUUUGGAUGGAAGAAAGGUGUGCAUUAGCUCCAUCCAACAGCUUGAUUUUGCUGUAACUGUCUCAGCACUGCUUGGUGUUCCCUUUCCUUUUGGAAGCAUUGGGCGCAUUCAUCCUGAACUGUAUGCUUUGGUUGCUGGUACAUGGAAUCUGGAAAGCUCCUAUGUGGGUAAUUGCCAAAAUCAAUUAAAUCUGGAAGAAUGGAUGCAAAAUUAUGUCAAUGUACUCUGCGUCAAUUCUUGGCAGGUGAAGAGAUACAUCGAUGUCUAUUCUGCUUCUUCAGUCAUUGGAUUUUCAAAUGAAGACUUGUUGCAUGUAUCACACAUUUAUUCUCAAGCAGAAGAGGAUCGGUCACGUAUCAAGAAGGAAUUUGUGCUAUAUGACAAUGAAAACUGUUAUACAUCAUUACCUUCUCUAAAGAGGCAAAUUGAUGCAUAUUUUAAAUUCUUAGAAAGUGUUGCUGAUCUAGCACGCUCCAAAUGGACUGAGUUCGAUUUAAAGAUGAUGGGCGCUGGUUUUUGCAUUAUGUUGACUUCACUUAUAAUCCAUUUUCUUGCCAUCAAGAAGGUGGACAAGCUAUUGGAAGCUUAUGUUCCUUCCCAUGGGCAUUCUAGAAUUUCCUUUUGGUCAUUUUUUGCUUAUAUUGUAGUAGCAAUGCGUGCAGUCAGCUUCCUUUCAAAUAGCUAUAUUUUGGAAGAAGGAAAAGUCGCAAGUUUUCUUUUGGCAACAUCUGGGAUGCUCAACGUACGCUAUUCAAUAAUGAAAAAGAAGAUGCUGUUGGAAGCAAUGGUGUUUGUUCUGUUAAUCUCCAUACUCAGAUUUACUAUUGAACUUGGGCUAUCAAAGCAGGCUGUCAGUACUGUUUUAUCGAACAUUUGUCCAUAUUGGAUGCUUGGGAUUGCCAAAGAUGGUUCUAUUUGGAUUUAUAUAGCUGAAAUUGUGCCAACACUAGCUCUGAUUCUAUUAGCAUACAUGCUGUACAAGAGCAUUGUUUGCAGCUCUUGUCGGGGGAUUUUGAAGUAUGUUAUCAUAGGAACCAUUUUUUGUUAUAUACUUAUAGCAGUAAACUGGGCUUUAGAAAGUAAUAUACUGAGCCUGUCUCUUGUGCUGGAAGGCGUUAAAAAAAAUUUCAUUCCUCGGAUAAUCUAUGGUAUUGGUUUUGCACAACUGUCAUCAUUGGCACUGGGUCAACUAAUUAGUGAAGCAAAAGAUUCAGAUUCCGAAGAACGUAUAGCUAUUAAAGCAGUGGCCAUGUUAUCUGCAUGGAGUUCAACGAUCAUAAUUGUCUCUGGAAAACAAGGCCCCUUGGUUGCUUUAGCAUCCAUAGCAGGAGGUUGGUGCAUAAUGAGGUUGGUGAGAAUGGAACAGGAUACCAAGAAUCCCAAUGUUGGAAUUUUAAACUUACUUUCUUUUCCUGUAACACAAUGGAGCCUUGGAGCUGUGUGUCUGUUUUUCUGCACUGGCCACUGGUGUGCUUUUGAUGGCCUUCGAUAUGCUGCUGCUUUUAUUGGGUUUGAUGAAUUCAUCAUCGUUCCCCAAGCUAUCCUUCUUACGAUUGAUACAUUUGGUUUUUCUCACAUCCUUCCAAUUUUUGGACUUCCAUUUCUUGUUGCUUGCCGAUAUCCAUUUAGUCGGUCCGAGCGAAUAAAAGGAUUCUAUGUCAUGCAAUUAUGUCAAGUGUAUUUGAUAUACGGACUCAUUAUGGCCACUACAGCUACAUUUACAAUUUUAUGUGUCACGAUUCAAAGGCGGCAUUUGAUGGUUUGGGGAUUAUUUGCUCCAAAAUUUGUUUUUGAUGUGGUGGGCCUUAUUUUAACAGACAUCCUAAUUUGUUUGGCAUCGCUGUACUAUUUUGGUAGACCCGAGGUUGAAUCACUGAAGUCUAUGAAUUCUAGCAAAUGAGUUGCGGAUUUGUGAAAUUUUGGUUAACAUAUUUGUAAAACUGUUUUAUGUUUCCAUGUUUUCAUUGGUGGCAUUGAUUUGUGCUUUAUUGUUUUUUGGCAUUUCCAAUUUCAAGUCUGGGCGUUCAUUUACAGUGAAAGCUUCAAUACUGAAGACCAUAUUUUUGAUGUGAUAAUGUGAUAUCUGAUAUCCCUUAUGUGACU